AUGCCAACUACUCCAAUAUCCCGGUUGUCAUCUGAAGAAAUUGAGUCUCUACACAACACCCUUCAGAACCUACUGUACUUGAACAACGUCUGCCGGGAGUCCUUGUGUCUGGUCCCUCCAGUCCAUUCUUCCCUCCAUGCUGCAACGCAAGAUGACGAGAUACCUGUAUCAUACCCCGUCCACUUGAGCGAUGGCACGAUCUCGGAGCAAAAGUCUAUAAGCGUGUCGAAGGGGAGCUUCGUGCAUGUCCCAGUAGAGGCUUUCAACCUCGACAAGGGUAUGUGGGGACCUAACGCCUGGGAUUUUGACCCUGAUCGAUGGGAUCAUCUUUCAGAGGAUGUGCUGUCACUUCCAGGACUGUAUUCCAAUCUUCUGACUUUCUCCGCUGGGCCGAGAUCAUGCAUCGGGAUGCGUUUCUCUAUGAUCAAGAUGAAGACAUUUCUCUAUAUCCUUCUGAUGACUUUCAGCUUUGCCGAAACAGACAAAAGAAUCUAG